UUUUAAACACGGAGUGUGAGUGAUAGACGCAAAGAAGUGUGUCUUUUUUUUGUCCAUUUGGCGUAGGAGAAUAUAUUUUUCAAAACUAUUUUCAUCAAAAAUGAUGUAAUUUGUGUUCAAAUGAUACAGAAUAUCAUUUUUUACAUGACAUUAAAAACAAAUUAAAAUACUCAGCUGUUUUGUCGGUGAUAGUGAAUAAAGAUGUAAACAUAUCCCAAAGGGUUUUAUGGCCGUCGCAAUUACAAUUUUCGUUGAAAGUGAGCCCACAACAUAUCGUGUUUCGGAGAGUAAGAGAAACUUAGUAGUAAAGUAAAAUUUGCCGGACGAAACACCAAAAAAUCAGAACAACAACAACAAAAACCAACAACAACAUACGCACGCCGAACAAAACUCGGAAUGCAAACGAAUGCAUAAGUCAGUCAAUGGUGAUAAUUCAGCGAGUAAGCAAGGAAAUUAGCUACAUAAGUGCAACAUAAACUACGAGCACUACCGGAGAGAUAAGAUUCAGUGGAGUCAAUGCAGCGUUAUCCAGUGACUUUGUUUAGGUGUAACUAUCGAAUAUCAAGAAAACUAUAAAAAUAUACUCUGCAAUAUUCUAUUAAGAAACAAAACAAACAUCUUGUGAUUAUAAAAUUUAUUUGACGAAAAGAGAAGUAACAACCGCCACCAUAGGUACUGCGUGCUCUUUUGAUCUCCGAAACAGAGUCAUGCGACGUAGCCAAUGUGUUCUGAGUUUUGUGUUCGGUUUCAUGAUGUUUAGUACAAAAGAUAUUCGAACUGAGGGGCUACUAUAUCCGCAUGAGUCUGAGACGAGAGAAGUAAAAAGUUUAGAUGGAAUAUGGAAUUUUGUUAAAUCAAAUGAAACAGCUCCCACUGAAGGCAUACGAGAAAAGUGGUACCAAAAUGAUUUGAGCAAGGUGCAUAAAACAAUUCCAAUGCCUGUUCCGUCUAGCUACAACGAUAUCACCGAAGAUAAUAAUUUACGCGACCAUGUCGGCACUGUCUGGUAUGAUCGGAAAUUCUUCGUGGCCACAUCAUGGGCGCAAAAUAAACGUGCUUGGAUUCGCUUCGGUAGCGUUCAUUAUGAAGCAUACGUUUACAUAAAUGGGAUAAUGGUAGUGAAACAUGAAAUAGGACACUUACCUUUUGAGGCAGAUAUCACCGAAUAUCUAAAAUAUGGCGAAGAGAAUCGUGUUACCGUUUUAUGCGAUAAUGCACUCCUCGCAAACACCAUACCACAAGGAAAAAUUACAGAAAUGUCCAGCGAUAAUAAUGAGACAUCAAUUGUACAAACAUACACAUUUGAUUUUUUCAAUUAUGCGGGCAUCCAUCGAUCGGUUGUGCUAUAUACAACGCCAAAAGUUCAUAUUGAUGAUAUUAUUACAACAACAAACAUUGUCGACCAUCGUGGUCGUAUAUUCUAUCAUAUAUUGACCAAUAAGACUGUGCCAACUGACUUAAGUCUAUUCGUUACAAUUCAAAUUCGUGAUCGCGAAGGGGAAAUCGUUGCAACAUCCCGAUCACCAGAAAAUGAUCUUAAAGGAUAUAUUGAAAUAAAAAAUGUAAAGCCAUGGUGGCCGUAUUUAAUGCACUCGGAGCCCGGUUACUUGUAUACAAUGGAGGUCUUCCUUUCAAGCAAUACUCACGAAAAUAUCGAUGUUUAUCGACUAAAAAUCGGCGUUCGUUCCCUGCAAUGGAACUCCAAAGAAUUUCUAAUCAACGGCAAACCCAUUUAUUUCAAGGGUUUUGGUCGGCAUGAAGAUUCUGAUAUUCGCGGAAAAGGUCUUGAUAUGGCUCUUUUGACAAAAGAUUUUAACUUGAUCAAAUGGAUUGGCGCAAAUGCAUACAGAACAUCACAUUAUCCAUAUUCAGAGGAAUCAAUGCAAUUCGCUGACGAACACGGAAUCAUGAUUAUUGAUGAGUGUCCGAGCGUGGAUACAGAUAACUAUACGCCACAAUUGCUGGAAAAACAUAAAGCAUCUAUUGAGCAAUUGAUACAUCGUGACAAAAACCAUGCUUGUGUUGUGAUGUGGUCUAUUGCCAAUGAGCCUCGAACUAGUAAGCAUCAAGCAGACUCUUAUUUCGAAGCUAUAGCGAAUUUUACGAAAUCAUUGGAUCCUAAUCGACCUAUCACUGCCGCAAUCGCAACCCCUGCCAAUGAUGACAAAGCCGCACAAUUUUUAGACAUAAUUAGUUUUAAUCGAUACAAUGGGUGGUACUCAAAUCCUGGCCGAUUGGAGAUGAUCACAUCAAGAGUUGUUGACGAAGCCAUUCUAUGGAAUGCAAAACAUCAAAAACCAGUAUUAAUGUCAGAAUAUGGAGCAGAUACUGUUGAAGGAUUGCACUUUUUGCCAGCAUUUGUAUGGUCUGAAGAGUAUCAAAGAGAGUUAUAUUCAAGACAUUUCAAAGCUUUUGAUAUACUCCGGCGUUAUGGUUGGUUCAUUGGGGAAUUCAUUUGGAAUUUUGCUGAUUUUAAGACAAAUCAAGCGUAUACUAGAGUUGGUGGCAAUAAAAAAGGUAUUUUCACACGAAAUAGACAGCCGAAAGAAGCCGCACAUCAUGUUCGUAGGCGAUAUUUUUCGUUAGCAAAUCAACUGGAUCAAUGUAAGUUGCCUGAUGAUCUGUUCCCAUACCUAGUCGAUGAAAAUCAAAAAAUCGAUAAUCGUAUUGAGCUGUAAAAAUGGCCAAUCUGCUGGAAAUACUCGAAAAACUUCGGGGAUGUUUUCUUUUUGUGCCGUUUCUCUUUUGUAACUGAAAUUUACAAUUGUACAAAUACGAAUAAAUUUAUAAACUACAUGUA